AAAAUGGCGGCAGAAAAAAUCGCAAAAAUGUACUGCAUGGACGUGAAUAGAUCAUAGAUGAGAGGAAGACAUCGUCUGUAAAUUCUAGGAUCUAGGUUGUAAUGAAAAAUGUCCAAACUAUGGCAGAAACCUUAUGUGAAUCUUUUCAAACACUAUAACACUUCAGAAUGGAAGAAAUGUGCAAAAGAAGGCGAUGUUACAGCAAUUAUGGACAAACAGCUGAAAUGUACUGUGUAUCGCAUUGCAGGCUCAAUUCCUGCAGGCAACUACAUUCAGUUUCCUCGAACAUCUACGCAAUCACUGGGGCUGGUUGGUCGAUAUCUCUACAUCUUGUUUAAACCAAUAUCAGGCAAAUUUUUUGUCGCACACAUUGAUGUGGCAACUGAAGAUGGUCUUGCAAUACGUAUCUCGUUUUCAAACCUUUUUAAAGAAUUCAAGUCCACAUCAACAUGGUUGCAAUUUCCAUUUGUACCUCGACCACCCCCCAAUUCUUUGGACGAGGCAAUAUUGGCAAGCUAUACAAAUCAUGAAAAUGUUGGUGAUGUAUCAUUAUCGACACGUUAUACAUUCCUAAUGAUGGACCUUCGUCACAUCAUCUCGUUUUUCCUCAAUCAGCAAUACGCCUAUUUGAAAAAUAUUCGUUUAUGCGCGAACAUGCUCGUGAAAGGACUGUACACGAGCGACACGGAAUACGAACCAGGACUCACAAUCAACGAAGCCAGAAGACUGGGGCUAAUGACGACUGGCGACGUACCAGUACCACGUGACAUGGCAUUCCACGUGCCCAAAGGUAUGGACUGGCACGAGUUGUAUGACGUCAUAAAAUUUCCCGGGAAGAGCAAACCUAUGAAGAAGGGGAUCAUUCAUGAUGAUGGAAUGGAUUUAAUAGUGACCGACGACUACAAGAAACAAGAACAAACGCAACAGGAUGCAUUGUCUUCAAGGCUUGCAUUGGUGGAAAAGCUGGGCUCUAAUAAAUCUUCUGCAAAGCGACGUCAAGUAGUAGCAACGCACGUGCCACCAGUGGGUUUGAACAUCCCUGUUGGUCUCCAAGCUCAAGAUCACCUUGAUACGCAAGUGUACGCUUACAAAUCGAGGAAAAAUAUCGAUACUUUAUCGUCAAGUAAUCAUCAAAAGGAUAAAGAAAACAGAGUUAAGAGACAUUCGACAAGGAAAGAGGGAGAGACUCUUAGAAGUCGGCGUUCAAUAAAGAGUUUAAAACCAGAUCCGAUUUUGAAAUUGAAACAUAUUGUUGGCUACGGUGGAGCGAAUUUCAAGGAAUUAUUUUGGACAAAGAAUGGCGCAUGCGUCGUGUAUCCAUGUCACGCCGUGAUUGUUUCCAUGGAGAUAUCUACGGGGCAUCAACGAUUCUUCAUUGGUCACACCGACAAGGUUUCUGCCCUUACCUUCAAUGGAAACACGUCGAUACUAGCUUCAGGGCAACUUGGACAGUCGACUGUGAUUCGUGUGUGGCGAUAUCAAUCCGGUGAUUGUAUUGCGAUCUUUAACUCUCAAGUGAGAGAACUUUAUUGUUUAAGUUUCUCAAAUAGUGGUGGAGUUUUGUGCGGUUGUGGAAAAGACAAUCACGGUAAACAGAUGGUGGUAGUUUGGGAUACAUCACGUUGUGGAAGGACUGGAGAAAUUGCAGUGGUUGCCAAGGCACAUACAGACAUUGACAUUAUGCGAAUCAAAAUUGUUCCUUUCGAUGACACAAGGAUGAUAUCGUGUGGACUUGAUAAUAUACGAAUCUGGAGGGUUCGUCACGGCUCCGUACGUUCAUCUGCCCUGGAUCUUGGUAGUCAUCAUUCAAUCCAGUUUACCGAUAAUGCUUUUGGCUACGAACUUGUAAAUGGAAACAACAAGAAAUAUCGAAUGAUAUAUGUUUCUUCGAACCGUGGAAUAAUUUUUGAAGUCAACUACGAACUGAUGGUGAUUCAUAAGGUGCGACGACUACUUCCGACCGGAAGCCGAGAGGAUCUUGUUCACGUGAACCCGGGUGAAUUCGGAAUUGGUAUCAACUGCAUCUCUGUCACAGAUGCUUUCUGUAUGACAGGCUCUGAUGAUGGCUAUCUCAGGCUGUGGCCCUUGGAUUUCUCGGGUGUAAUAUUAGAGGCAGAACACGAUGGUGCUGUCUCGUCAAUCGACAUCAAUCCGAAUUGUUUAUCUGUUCUUGCCGGUACAGUAACGGGUAGCAUUGGAAUUCUUGACAUCUCCACACGUUCUUACAAAACACUGAUGAGAUCUCAUACCAAACAAAUACUCGAUUGCUCCUUUGAUCCAUCACGUGGUUCUCUCGUGACCGUGUCCGAUGAUGAAACUAUUCGUGUAUGGGACCUAGACACGUUCAAUCAAUUGUAUGAUUUUAGAGCAGCCAAUGAGAAUCCUUGUACUGUGACGUUUCAUCCUCAUCAAUCACUCUUUGUCUGUGGCUUUCGGAAUGGGGCAGUAUACUCGAAGGGAUAUAAUGCAAGUUCUUCAAUGCUAGCAGAGCAUAAGGAACACAAAGGGAUGAUUACAGGACUGGCUUUUUCACCGAAUGGUGAACACAUGUACAGUGCUGGAUCGCAAGGAAUUUUAGUGCUAUACCAAGGUUCCACAGAAGAGUUCAAUGUACAAAGAAUUCUUAUCAAUACAGUGGCACCUGGGGAGCAUUUCGCUCCCGAUGUGUUGUCCGUCAGUGAUGAUGGUCAGCGGCUUGCUGUUAUUGGUCCAUUCGAAUACGUGAUUACUGUAAUGAACUGCCGCACUUUGGACGAGGUUCUACGUAUAGAUAUAACAACAAUACAUGCAGGAAAUGUUUCCACUACUGACGAUACUGCCCUCAGAUUGUGCUACUCUCCUAUGGCGUUAAAUCAACUUUUGGUGGUUACUGCUGGUUGUAGGCUGUUGAAAUUUGAUGCACAUAGUGGGCAGUUAUUGAGCGAGGUUUCCAACGUUCAUCGAUCUAGCUGUUCAAGUCUUGAUCCUUUCCAAACUGGGCAAUUUCUUGCAACUGCUGGUGAUAAACUUAUCAAGAUAUGGGACUAUCACAUGAAAAUGGACUUGAAUUUCCAGGUAUUUAUUGGCCAUUCAAAUAAUGUCUCCAAAGUUUGUUUUACCCCAGACCUCCAAGCUUUAGUCAGUAUUGGAGAGGCGAUAUUUAUCUGGGAUUUUCUUGCAGAUGGCCGCGUUCCUUUGGAACCUGGUGGAAGAGAAGAAGCGAUUGAUUACAACAAAGAUGAAUCGGCUGGUUCACCAACACAAGAUGACAUUGGAGAAUAUGAUCUCAAACCCAGACCUCCAAUUAUGGCGACCGAAUUACCUCUGCAGCCUCUCCCCAGUUCUCCAGGCAAACGGGACGAGAUUGUCGUAAACUCUCCGUCUAAGAAAGACAUGAAAGUCAUCGAUAGUUUCAAUCCUAUUAUGACUAGAAAUUUAAAAGUUCCGAACAACACUCCAGAGAUAUCGAAGUCGAUCAAGACCCAGACCCCGAUCCGCAAUUCGCUUCCCUCAGAUACAGGUCACCCAUUCCCUGGUGUGCUAAAACAUUACAAGAAACGUAAGAGCUCCACUGCGUUGCCUGAAAGAAAAUACACGGCACCCAGAAGUCAGGCUGGACUUGCUUUGCUGGCUGUUCUUGAUUACAACGGAGAUGGCCGGAACAAUAUGUGUUGGCAUCCUGAAACAGGUUUGUUCGUUUACACCAGUGGCUGCAUCGUUAUCAUCGAAGAUCUUCAUGAUGGAAAACAAAAACAUCUCAUGCAACAUUUUGAAGAGAUUUCCACAAUAGCUCUUCAACACGAUGUUCAGGUUCUUGCCUCGGCAUCCGGGUCUUCAAAGACGGUGGCUUCAUGCAUUUGUAUCUGGGAUAUUGCAACUGGUGAUUGUAAAAAGAUGCUGACAUAUCACUCCUAUGAGAUUGUUGGCCUUCAUUUCUCAAGAGACGAUCGUUUUCUGAUCUCAGUCGGAGAUUACAGGGAGUGUUCCGUGGUAAUAUGGGGUACUAAGGACUACAAUGUACUCACAUCGUCCUAUACUAAAACUCCAAUCCAUGACAUCGCAUGGGAUCCUUAUACUAUGAACGAGUUUGUGUCGGUCGGACAAGAUGGUCACGUGCUGUUUUGGUUACUGGAAGAAUCUCGUGGAUCUUUCAACUUGAAUGUUUGCGAAGGGAAAGUUCCCGAUGAUUUGUUAUACACUUCAAAGCAGAAUGACUCCAUGGUACAUUUUACAAGUGUCCGCUAUGCUGGUGAUAAUGUGCUAUAUAUAGGCAAUAAUGUUGGAAUUAUAUCCGCUUGGGAUACAAGACAAAACAAGUGUUUUAUGCACUGGCUUUCUGACGAUUCUGAAAUCGAUGUAAUUGUUUGUCAUCGUGGCUCGCUGAUUACCGGAAGCUCAUCGGGGCAUCUUCGUCUUUGGUCUGUUGUAGGCGUUGGAGAGAUGAGAUUGCCCGGAGAGAAUGAUGUAUUGAAUCAAAAUGGUUUGGUUAUCGAAGACGAAAUGUCUUUGGACGCCGGAGUGAUUUCUGCUUCAUUCGACACAUCCUUGGAAAUGGGUAUUGUUGGUACAGUUGGAGGUACGUUAUGGUACAUUAACUGGACAGAGAGGACGUCUAUUCGUCUUGUCAGCAGUCAUACAGAGAAGAUAAAUUCACUGGUGGCCAGCGGUCCUGAUGACAAAUUCUUUGCGACUUGCUCCGAUGAUGGUAGCUUGAGAGUCUGGACUUCUGAUGAUCUCGAACAAACGCUGCAAUUUCAAGUUGUUGAUCAGCGCUGUAAUUGUGUUUCAUUCUGUCCCACUCCUCCACGUGAACCAACACAUAAUGUCUUACAAGAUGGUGAAGUGAUAGCCACAGUACAUCCUAACAUGGAACCAGUGGAGAAACCAUUAAGACCAUCACAUUGCGUGGCUGGUUUUGAUGAUGGAACCGUAAGACUCUUUGAUCUUGGAAGAGUUGAAAUGAUUAUGAAAAUACAUCCUCAUUCUGGGGGCGUUACUGUCAUCAAUUUUUCUUCCUGUGGUCGUGUUUUUAUGAGUGGUAGUACAGAUGGUGUGGUAGCCAUAAGUAGUCCUGCUACUGGCCUCACUGUCCGUUUGAUCCAAGAUCAUAAGGGAGCACCAAUCACUGAUAUGGACAUUGCUUCACAUAAGAACGAUCAUCCAUCAUUCAAUUCUCCCAGAUUGUGGCUUAUUGCGAGCGCUGAUCGUAGGGUUAGCGUAUGGAAGGCGGAUUGGUCGAAGGAUUUCUGCGAGCUUGUUGAUUGGUUAACUUUUCCCGCUCCAAAUAUAACACCUGAAGGAAUUGCUUUGAAAAAAGACGAUGCGUCUGCCUAUUUGCAUCUACCGCCAAGUUUGGCAAGAUUCUCGCCAACAGAGCCCGAUGUUAUUGUGUACAGUGGUUAUGGUCUGAGAAAACUGAUACAAUUCUACAGCUUGUCCCAGAGAAAGGUUUUUCGAACUAUUUUGUUGACACAAUGGGCUUCUUGCUUGGAAAUAUCGCCUAAGGGUCAUUUAAUUGCUGUUGGAACCAAAGAUCGACUAGUGAAAGUAAUUGAUUAUGAUAAAGGUAGCUUUCAAGAUUUCGAUAUGCAUUGUGACUCUAUUAGCCAUGUGACAUUUUCUCCGACCGGAGAUAAACUGUUUUCCGUUGGUUUUCGGAUGUUGCUUUGUGGAAGGUGUUGAUAUAGAGACGUCC